CUAUCUAAUGUUAAUAGCCAUUUUUUUAGAUCAACGCGAUAAAUUUCGAGUAAACAAAAUUUUAAUUCAUGCGCGUUGAUGUAUGUCCUAGAGAUAAGAAAAUUUUUCACUACAUAUAUGUGAUAUUUAUUAACAAAUAUUUAAAUACUGAUAAAAUUAUUAUUUAACGUGAUGUAUACUGAUUGCUAAUUGUGAAAACACCUACUGUUCGAAGUAUAGUAGUUUCGUUAAGAUAAAUGUAAAAUGGAAACGAAUGAACGAAAUCAUUCCAUAAAAUUACCAGGUGCAGUUGAAGUAUUUGCAAAUUUGAAAAAUGCUCAAAAAUUUGCUAUUGAUAUUGGAUUAUCUUUGACAAAAAUAGCUUAUUAUUCAACAAUUAGUUAUCGUAAAGCAUUAUACGAGGAUACGGGUUUAGGAAAUACUGGAGAACGUACAUACAAAGUACAUGAAGGCAAUAGACUUCAUUUUGUUAAAUUUGAAACCAGAUACCUUGAAAAUUGUUUAGAUUUUGUGAAAAAAAAUUUAGUAAAUGUUGAAAGAUUUCAUGGCAAAAAUAUUAAAGUAACUGGUGGAGGAGCAUACAAAUUUAAUUUUAUGCUACAAGAAAAAUUAGGUUUAAUAAUUGAUAAAGAAGAUGAGAUUGCAUGUCUAAUAAAAGGUUGUAAUUUUUUAUUAAAAAAUAUAUCUUGUGAAGCAUUUGAAUUUGAAAGAUAUGGAAAUCCAGAAUAUAAAUUUCAAAAAGCUGGUCCUAACAUAUUUCCAUAUAUGUUAGUAAAUAUUGGUAGUGGUGUCAGUAUUCUUAAAGUUGAAUCUGAUGAGGUAUUUGAAAGAGUUGGUGGUACAGCUACAGGAGGAGGAACAUUUUGGGGAUUAGGUUUUUUGCUCACAAAAAAAAAGGGCUUUGAUGAAUUGUUGCAACUUGCAGAAAGAGGAGAUCAUCGUAAUAUUGAUAUGUUAGUGAAAGAUAUUUAUGGGGGUGAUUAUUCUUCUCAAGGUUUACCUGGAAAUCUUAUUGCAUCUUCUUUUGGCAAAGCUACUUUUUAUAGUGAUGGACAACCAAAAUAUUCUGAAGCAGAUCUUGUUAGAAGUCUUUUACUUACUAUAAGUAAUGAUAUUGGACAAAUAGCAAGUUUACAUGCAACUAUGCAUAAUAUGAAUAAAGUUUAUUUUGGUGGUUAUUUUCUUCGUAAUCAUCCUCUAUCAAUGCAUACUAUUUCAUGUUCCAUCAAAUAUUGGUCUCGUGGAAAGGUGAAACCUCUUUUUCUUCGACAUGAAGGUUAUCUUGGUGCAAUUGGAGCUUUUUUGUAUGGUGCUGAACAAUCUAAUGAAUAUAAUUGGUUGGAAAAUUAUGCUGGAUCUUCAGGAUUUAAAGAUACAGCAUGCACUAAUCUUGGAAUUAAAAUAGAUCAAUUAGAAAUUGACCAAGCAGAAACUGCUGUUACAUUUUGUCCACUUUUAAAAGAUCCAGCCUCUUAUAAUCCUGAUACAACUGAUCUUGCUGAGGAUAAAGAAGCUAGAGAUUAUUGGCUUCAAUGUUUUGAAGAAUCGGUAGAUAAAUUCAUAGCUAGAGCUCUUCAUAGUCAACCACAUAGUCCAACUGCAAAAGAUAGAGCAACAAAAUUGAAGAAAAAAUAUGUGGACAGGUUGCAUUAUCUACAUCUUGAACCAUUUGCUUAUGGGACACUUACAGUGAGAGUAUUACUGGAUACUAUUGAACAUUGCAUGAAGGAAUUUGAUUUUCCUGAUCCUUAUUUAUUUCAAAAGAAGAAAGAAAAUGAAGAAGCUUUAAAAUAUUUAAAAAGUCGCAUAAUGACUAUCGAUAAAUUGGAAGAAGUGGAAAAGAUAAAGACAUUAAUACUGGGAGUUUUGAGUGGCAAUAUGUUUGAUUGGGGCGCACAAGCUGUUGCAACUUUGAUGGAAACAACAGAUUUUGGUUUUGCCGAAGCUCAAGCGAAAAUACCGGGUAGACCUUGGUUAGUUGAUAAUUUGGAUGAUUGGAUAGAAAGAUUAGAAACAGGUAUACCACAUAAAUGUGCUGCUAUCUUCGUUGAUAAUAGUGGAGUUGAUAUAAUAUUAGGAAUUUUACCAUUUGCUCGUGAUCUAUUAUUACGAGGAACAAAAGUUAUAUUAUGUGCUAAUUCUAUGCCAGCAUUAAAUGAUGUUACAUAUUCAGAAUUGGUUGUAACAUUACGAGAUGCAUCGAACAUAUGCAAAGUUAUUAGACAUGCUCUAAAAGAAAAUCGUUUGAUUGCUAUGGAGACUGCUCAGGCUGGACCUUGUCUUGAUUUAAGCCGAUUGAACUUAGACUUAUGUCUUGCAAUGGUAAAACAUGAUGUUGAUCUUAUUGUAUUGGAAGGAAUGGGUAGAACACUUCAUACAAAUUUUCAUGCAAAGAUGACUUGUGAAUGUUUAAAAUUAGCUGUUGUUAAAAAUCGAUGGUUAGCACGCCGAUUAGGUGGUGACAUGUACGCUGUAAUAUGUAAAUAUGAAAAACCAAUAAAAAUAAAAAUUCAAGAUAUAAAACUAGAAGAAGAAUGUCCAGUAGAAUGUGUAGAAAAUAAAAUAGAUAUUUGCACAUGCGAUAUAAAAGAAUAAAUAAUAAAAAUAAAUCAAAAAUUGAAACAUUACAGUAUUUCUUUAUUUUUUAUUUAGGUAUGUAUAUAAAAAAUAAAAAAUUUUAGUAUAUUAUUUAUAAUUUUGAAUGAAAAUAUAGGAAAAAUAUUAUUUAAAUUUUUAUAAAAUUUAUUGUUAUUUGUUUUCAAUAUUGUAAUUAUCACAAAAUUUAUCUUACAAAAAAUGAUCCCCAAUUCGGAAAUUCAAAAAAUUAUAAAAUUUUAGAAAUACGUAAUAUUUAUAUAUAUUAUAUAAGUCUACACAAUUUUUUUGAUGACAAAAUUACUUUAAAGCGAAAUCAAUAAUUGAAAAUGUUUCAAGAACGAGACGAUAAUCUUUAUGAAAAGAAACAAUUUUUAUCUGAAAUUUUCUUUGUGCUUCUUAUAGUUUACGAAUUAUAAUUUUUCAGUUAUAAAAUUGAAAAGUAGCAAAAUUUUCAAAGAUUGAUUUCAUUUCCUUAAAGUGAUUUUGGACAGCAAAAAAAAAAAAAAAUUUCAUAAGACAUACCAUAAACACGUUAUAUAUCUCUAAAGUAUCAUAAUUUUUUGAAUUUUCGAGUUCUUUUUUUGUUAGAAAUAUUACAAGUAAAACUGGAUUGUCAAAAAUAUUUUUAAUAUUGUAUCAAACAUUAUAAUCUAGUGUAUAAAAAUUUUAACAUUGACAAGAAACAUUGAUAAAAAAAAAAUUAAUACCUAGUCAUAAAUAAUGUAAUUAUUUUUUUUGUAAUAUAAUGAAAUGAUUGAAAGAACGAUUGAAUAAUGACGACCAAUAAUAACGAUUAAAGACAUGUAUUAUAUGAUACUGUACAGGAUUCUUAGAUUCAAUAGAUAUCAGUUUCUGUGAUAAUGUAACAUUCAAUCAGAAAGUUACAUAUUCGUGUAAAUUAAAACAGUAAAUCAAUAGACAAUAUAAUAGAAUAAUAUUAUAAAAGAUAAAUCAUUUUCAUAUAUUAUCAUUUUUUGACUUAAAAGUUUUUUUUGUACAGAAAAUUGCUUCUUGUCAAAUUAAAUUUUUUUUCUUAAACUUUUUUUUUUUGUAAAUUAAAAAUUUUAAAGAAAUGUUAAUGUUAUUAUUAUGAAAUAAGCAAAAAUAUUUUUAAAAAUGAUUAAUUUAUUAAAUGAUUAUCAUAAUAAAUUUCUAAGAUUUCAUAAAAUGAGUCGAAUAAAGAUAGAUUACAAAAAGAAAAUUGUUCAAAUUAAGACAAUAUGAUUUUCAAAUUAAAGAUUGAUGCAAACUAUUUGUUAAUACUCAAUAUAAAAUAUGCAUAUAUUUAAUUUGAUUUAUAAAAUGUAAAUAAUAUAUGAACUUUUUUGUGAUUUAAUUGCAUAAAAUAUUUUAAUAAUUAAAUGUGAUUUUUUUUAAAUUUGUAAAUUAUAAUAAAAUUUAACAUUGAAAAGUAAUAAUUAAUUAAGUAUAAACAUUUUUUUAACAGUAAUUUCAUCUUCGAAUUUGCUGAUCAAUCAGAAAUAUUACUCUAACAGUUACUAACUUUUAUUCUAUAUUAUUAUUUUAUAUAUAUUAUAUAUUUAAGAUACUGAUCUUUUACUAAUGUAUAAUAUUUUGCAAAAGAAAUGUAAAUGUAUUUUUCAAAAAUAAAUUUCAUACAAUCUA